CUUCGUUUACUCAUGGAAGUCAGACAGUACGGUUGGUACAUUCGUAGCCGGGCUUAAAGUAAUCAUUCGUUGAAUCGAAGCGUUAGAGUCAAAAGAUUUUGGUAGAAAUUUUAAUGAAAAAUUGUUAAUGGCAAAAAUUCUUGGAUGUCUACCGAAAGAAUUUGAUAACUUUGUCACAAGCUGGUCACUUUUAUCAGAAGAUACAUUUUUGGAAUCUUUUUUAGAGAAACUUACAAAUGCAGAGAGAAGCAUUACUGAACGUUUAGAAGAUACGUCACAUGAAGAAUUCAAAAUCAGACCAAAGUCAACGAACAGUCAAUCGAAGAAGACAACAAACAAGAGAUUUCCAGGUAAAUGCCAUAAAUGUGGUAAGAUCGGUCACAUGAAGAAGGACUGUUGGUCAAAAGUGGAAAAACAGGAAUUGCCUGAAGAAAAGAAGGAGUCAAAGAGUCAACAAAAUGAAGUUGGUCUUUCAGCGUCAUCAGUCUUCAAGCACGAUGUUUUUGCCACUUACAAAAUUUUGCAAAGGCCUCACGUAAAGCAGACACCUGUCACAGACACCUGUACGAAAAUGAGAUAUAGCGAUGAAUCGGACGAUUCCGCAGAUUCUGAAAGUGAUUCUGACUCAGAUUCUGCACAGGCUAAUGUUAAAAAGCCUAAGCUUAAAUUGAAGAAGAAUAAACAUUUAUGGAAGGAUUUGACUACCAAGAAUGAUAAAUACAAAGUAUGGUGUACCCAGAUGCAGGAGGAAUCUUUGACUGAAGACUUAACAUCGUGCGGCGUUACAAAGAAGUUAUGUCAAGAGCGUAGUAUCGAGAGUUACAACUUUACUCUUAGAUACGCAGAGAAUGGCAGGGAACCUUGUAAUAAUAAUAGUUCCGAUGAAGAGAAGGAUGUCGAACGUAGACUAACUAAUAAAAGAACAAAUUCAGAUAGGCGUGAUGUAAAAUUUAGAUUAGGAAAAAGGAGAAAUUCUAUGGAUUUGGAUAGUCAAAAAGGUUCGGUUAGAAUAAUAGCUGAUUUAUCUACAACUGUGGAUUCAACAGACGCUGACGUCGCUACUGACAUCACCCAUAAACUCAGAGAAAGAAAAGAUCUUCUUAUAAGACGUGUGGUGGAUAUAAUUGGUAAACAGAAAGCUAUCGAUUUUUUCCAAGAAACGAAAAAGAUUGAAGAAGAUGGCGGAAUGUUAAUAAUGAAUGGAUCCCGUAGAAGGACUGCCGGUGGAGUAUACUUUUGGUUGGUAAAAAAUAACGAACAUAUUCCUCAAGAAAAAAUAAGGGAGAUAUUUUAUUAUGACCAAAAGGAGAGCGGCGAACAGCGAAAGAAAACUACCAAUUUAAGACGACAGAAGACCGAAGAAUUAAUGAGAAACUUUGAAGAUGGAUCUGAGAAGGAUUUACCAGCUUUACUAACAAGAGCGGAACUAUCGACGCGACAGAUCGCAGAAAAAGCGAGAUUGCGACGAGGUGAAGGUAUGGACAGAAUGCCAAUAGAUUCUGAUCGUACGGUAUCAAACCCACCACCCAGUCCUGUAACGGAUGAUCCAGAUCAUUCUGAACAUCCAUUGGUACAAAGACAGGUUCAAGAUUAUACUGAUGAUUUUCUCGACAUAGGAGUGGAUAUAGAUAGCAUGGAAGUACUCUAAGAUUAAAUAUACUUAGUUUUAAGUUUGCACAUACUUUACAAUAGCAACUUGUAUAAAUAAAUGCUUGUAAUCAAACAAAGAAUACAUAUAUGUAAUUUGUA